AUGGCUACCGAAACUAGUAACUCGUUCAUGCAUUUGGUAAGACCAAAUGUGCUAGCACCAGCAGCUGGGUCAGCAAAUGGACCCGCCAAAGUCAAGAUUCACGCGUCUGCAUUACUUACCAUUUUGGAAAUUGUUGCUAAGCAAGUAUUAAACAAGAGAAUAAUUGGUACUUUGUUAGGUAUAAGAUCCGAUAAUGGGUUAGAAGUGGAGAUAAGAGAUGCUUUCAUGGUUCCAUGUGAUGAAACUGGCGAUUCCAUUGCCAUUGAAGAUCAAGCUCAUAAAUCUUUGUUUCAUUUAUACAAGAAAUCUCAUCCCAAGGAAUCUGUAUUGGGGUGGUUUGGUAGUAUGAAUGAGAUUGAUGAUACUACUUCAUUAAUCCAUGAUUUUUAUUCCAAGGGGGUUGAUCGUGCAUUUCCAUAUCCAGCAAUUUAUUUAAAUGUGGAAUAUAUUAAUGAACAAGGACAGAUAACAAGUCCUAAAAUAAUAACGUAUAUUGGCGCUGCAGUUGGAAAAUCGUCAGCUGCUGCCAAGGCCAGUGUUCAAGUUGGAUGGAACAAGCCUGCCAAUGUCAAUAAUUCAUAUAUUUUCACUCCCAUUCCUAAUGAAGUAGUUGAUGGAACAAAUACUGAAAAACUCGCCUAUAAAUCAUUACAAAAGUCAACAAUUGACAACAACACCAACAUUUCAUCAAUAAUCGAUGGCAAGCAUCCAUUUUUCGCUCAAAAUUUGCAACAGGUGCAAUCAAAUGUAGCCAAUUUAAUCAAAUACAUCGAUGCAAAUGCUUCUACUACCAGUAGUCAAUCAGAUGAAAAUCUUGAUUUAUUGAGGAAAUUGAGUAAUACGUUGUUGACUAAACCACCAAUUUUGACUGAUGUUGAAGAAUUGAAUAAAUUGUUUGACAAUUUCAACCAAGACGUUAUUAUGAUUGAAUAUUUGACCAAAGCAGUCAAAGAUCAAAUCGAAUUGAGUGCUAGAUUAACUGCUAGUUCGGAAGCCGAUAAAAGAAACUAA